GUCUCGAGCAACCAACCAUUUCCUCCGUUUCGAACCAACCAAUCGACGAUGACAGCGCCAGUUCCAAGCGACCAAUCGCUGCGCCAGUGUCGUUGCUUGCGCUUGCGCAGCGCGAGCCUCCCCUCUCCUCAACAAUAGGCGUCGACUCUGUCUCGCCACUUAUUAUUUGGAUAAACUUCCGGGGUUGAGUGAAGUUUGUUUCCGGGUUAUGCCCUUCCUCUGGUUCCUGAGAAGUCCUGGUGUAGGGAAAGUUAUCGCUUUUAAGUUUGGGGUAGAAGAGUUUCUAAUUUUGCUCGUAAGCCUGGCUUAAUGCACGAUGCAUCCGGACUUGUCUCCUCAUCUUCAUACAGAAGAGUGCAACGCCGUCAUCCGCCUACUGAAAGAGUGUCACAGUGAGCACUCCAUCAUGAAAUAUUUGGGCCAUUGUAACCAUCUCGACAGAGAAAUGAGGCAGUGCUUAAAGAGAGAGUAUCAAGAUAAAAGAGCCAAGAGCCAUGCACAUGCAGAAGAAUUGAGGCAGAAAUUGAGGAAUAUCCCAAUGCAGGAGUAGAGCUCUGCAGAGCUGGUGUCUGGGUUGGCGGUCAGCCCAGCGUCCAGAAGACAGGCCACUGAAGGAGCAGGUUGCCCCUGACGUUUUCUGAUUCCUGGAAUGCAGGCGAGAGAGACUCUGACGUGUUUGUAAUAAAAAUUGGCCGCAUUUGGAACCUAA